UCGUGAGGAGGAGGACGAUGUUGCGCGUGAAGGGGAAAUGGCUGCCGAAAACAAGCCGGAAGGAUUGAAGAAAGUUCGAAAUCCGGAUCGAAUGUACAGAACAGCAGUGUGUUAUGCUGGCCAUGGUCCACCUAAGAGUAUCAGUGAUGACACAGAGAUGAACAAUGAACAUGGACAUUUGAAAAUAUACCUGCCCAAAAAGCUGCUUGAAUGUCUACCCAAAUGCUCCUCGCUGCCAAAGGAGAGACAUCGCUGGAACACUAAUGAGGAACUAGAGACAACAUAUUCAGCGGCGUUAACCAGCGGAGUGAUACCGGACGACUUUAUGGAGAGACAAGGGGUGGCUGCCUGAGGACGCUGUUGACAGGAGAUGCUUGGAGCAACAACGGUGCAGCACCCUUCAUUACUGGCUAACAUGGAAACCACAUGGCCUGGAUUUGUCACAAUUAAACCGGGGCU